UUUACUGGCACUUCAUUCAUCCUAUUUCCUCUCUCUUCAAUCAAUGUGUUUGGUCCUGCUUGGUAUUCGUUGAAGAUUUCUCCUGUCUCGCACAAUAAAACCACACUACAAUAUGAUAUAUACUCCAAAAAUGACAUAUCGGAUUUCAAGAAAAACGAAUUUAUCGAAUUUAUUAAACAAUAUGAACUACGCAAGUUCAACCACUGCUUGAAGAUGGCACAUUCAAGCGAUGCUCGAGAUGAGUCCAUUGUGUUUCAACAAACUAAAAAUCACUUUGAGUUGGAAAAUAAAAACGGAAGUCCUAUUAAUCCGGCGUUUGUGGGUGGUAAAGCUCCAUCAAAAACAUCUCAGGAAUUGGAUGAAUUAUGCAAACAGGUUGAGUGUCAAUCAGCUAAAAAAUUGAAAUUUGAUUGGUAA